AUGCCGAGGGGACGACAACCUUUCCCACAGCAUCUACAGCAACGGUCUUCUUCUUCAAUGGUGAAUUUGUCAUCAAAAACUUCAUCAUCAACAUCUGUAAUGAAUUUUCAGAUGAAGCCCCCUUCAAACCAAAGCUAUUAUACAAAUUUUAAACCUUUCUUGCCUGGAGAGAAGGUAAUUGGCAUGAAGAGACCAUACCCUUUCUCCCUGGACAAUUCUCCAGGACAAUUCCCUUUUCACACAAAAUAUUAUCCUCCCAUUGUUAAUUCCAACAAUGGGAAAUUUGAAGCCACUUCAAGUACUAGCAAAGCUACCACAUUCAAUUCCGAUUCCGGCACCUCGAAUUCCAGGGAAGGGCCUUCAAAUGGGGUUUUUGCUAGAGGUUUUCUUACGUUAGCUCCUCCAACAACUACAUCAAAUUUAUUGGCUUAUCAUCAAGCAAGCUUUGAAGAUUCGAUUAUGAAACAAGGUGGCAGUGGAUUAUAUAUGCAGCGACCUUACUAUAGCGUCUUUCCACCACCUGCAAUGGCGAAAAUUGAACAAGCAAGUGCAGCAACAAUGGCUAAUUGUAAAAGGGUUGAAGUUGCUGAACAUAUUGAUCUCCAUUUAAAGCUAUAAAAUUCAUGUACAUUUGAGUGAAAUAAGCUCUUGUUUUGUAUCAUAAUGGUUUUUUUUUCAAUGAAAAAAAUAUCGAGUAUUCGAGGAA